AUGCGCAAAAUAUUAUUUGCCAUAGGUGUUAUUUUAGCACUUCAAGCAAUUUUGAUUGCCUCGAUUCCUGUCGACAACUCUCUUGUAGGUGAACCCGAAAUAGAAUGUGGCCCAACAUCAAUUACUGUAAACUUCAAUACCCAAAAUCCAUUUGAGGGGCAUGUUUAUGUUAAAGGACUUUUUGACCAGCAAGGUUGCCGUUCAGACGAACAUGGAAGACAAGUAGCUGGUAUUGAACUUCAAUUCGAUACUUGUAAUGUUGCCCGUACUCGUUCAUUGAAUCCAAAGGGUGUAUUUGUGUCAACAACAGUUGUUAUAUCCUUCCACCCUCAAUUUGUUACUAAAGUUGACAGAGCAUAUCGUGUCCAAUGCUUCUACAUGGAGGCAGACAAAACUGUUUCUGCACAGCUUGAGGUGUCCGAAAUUACAACACAAUUCCAAACACAAAUUGUACCUAUGCCUGUAUGUAAAUAUGAGAUCCUCGAAGGGGGCCCAACUGGUCAACCAAUUCAAUUUGCCAUUAUUGGCCAACAAGUUUACCACAAAUGGACUUGUGAUUCAGAGACAGUAGACACAUUCUGCGCUGUCGUACAUUCUUGUACUGUUGAUGAUGGUAAUGGUGAUACUGUCCAAAUAUUGAAUGAAGAGGGUUGUGCUUUGGAUAAAUUCUUAUUAAAUAACUUGGAAUAUCCAACUGAUUUAAUGGCUGGACAAGAAGCUCACGUUUAUAAAUAUGCUGAUCGCUCACAACUUUUCUAUCAAUGCCAAAUUAGCAUUACAAUUAAAGAACCUCACAGUGAAUGUGCACGUCCAAAAUGUGCAGAGCCUUCUGGCUUUAAUGCUGUCAAAGUUGGUGCUGGAGGGGCGGCGGCAGGAGGAGCACCACCUGCCCCAGCUGCAGCAACACCUGCACCUCCCCCUCAAGCUCCAGCACCCGCAAAUCCUAUUUCUGGACGUCGUCCUGCUGCUGCAGCACUUGCCCAACUCCGACUUUUACGUAAACGCCGUUCAGCUCCAGGAGAACAAAUACUUGAUGUUCGUACUGAAUUUAGUGCUCUCGACAUUUCUGACAAGCCCUAUAAUUUGCCUCCUCCUCUUCGCCAUCGUCACUUGUCUGGAGGAUUUUUGGCUGAGCCCCAACGUUCGUUUAUUUCCCAAAGAGGCCAACAAGUUUGUAUGUCUUCCUUUGGACUUUUUGUAUUUCUCGCAAUGGGGGUUGCAAUGGUUGCAGCAUUUGUUGUUAUUGCAAUGUGUACAUUUCGUCCACAAAUAAAACAAUAUUGA